AUGUAUCCUACACACAAGGGACUCGGGUAUCUCCAUGGUCCCAGUAGAGCCGGCCCGCAGCCCGCCUCGCGGCCGGCGCGGCCAGCAGCUGCAGCGGCAUCGAGCGCGCGCGCGGCGUGCUCACCGCACCCGGUGGCGGCUCUUGCUACUCACUCAGGGUAUCUCCAUGGUCCCAGUAGAGCCGGCCCGCAGCCCGCCUCGCGGCCGGCGCGGCCAGCAGCUGCAGCGGCAUCGAGCGCGCGCGCGGCGUGCUCACCGCACCCGGUGGCGGCUCUUGCUACUCACUCAGGGUAUCUCCAUGGUCCCAGUAGAGCCGGCCCGCAGCCCGCCUCGCGGCCGGCGCGGCCAGCAGCUGCAGCGGCAUCGAGCGCGCGCGCGGCGUGCUCACCGCACCCGGUGGCGGCUCUUGCUACUCACUCAGGGUAUCUCCAUGGUCCCAGUAGAGCCGGCCCGCAGCCCGCCUCGCGGCCGGCGCGGCCAGCAGCUGCAGCGGCAUCGAGCGCGCGCGCGGCGUGCUCACCGCACCCGGUGGCGGCUCUUGCUACUCACUCAGGGUAUCUCCAUGGUCCCAGUAGAGCCGGCCCGCAGCCCGCCUCGCGGCCGGCGCGGCCAGCAGCUGCAGCGGCAUCGAGCGCGCGCGCGGCGUGCUCACCGCACCCGGUGGCGGCUCUUGCUACUCACUCAGGGUAUCUCCAUGGUCCCAGUAGAGCCGGCCCGCAGCCCGCCUCGCGGCCGGCGCGGCCAGCAGCUGCAGCGGCAUCGAGCGCGCGCGCGGCGUGCUCACCGCACCCGGUGGCGGCUCUUGCUACUCACUCAGGGUAUCUCCAUGGUCCCAGUAGAGCCGGCCCGCAGCCCGCCUCGCGGCCGGCGCGGCCAGCAGCUGCAGCGGCAUCGAGCGCGCGCGCGGCGUGCUCACCGCACCCGGUGGCGGCUCUUGCUACUCACUCAGGGUAUCUCCAUGGUCCCAGUAGAGCCGGCCCGCAGCCCGCCUCGCGGCCGGCGCGGCCAGCAGCUGCAGCGGCAUCGAGCGCGCGCGCGGCGUGCUCACCGCACCCGGUGGCGGCUCUUGCUACUCACUCAGGGUAUCUCCAUGGUCCCAGUAGAGCCGGCCCGCAGCCCGCCUCGCGGCCGGCGCGGCCAGCAGCUGCAGCGGCAUCGAGCGCGCGCGCGGCGUGCUCACCGCACCCGGUGGCGGCUCUUGCUACUCACUCAGGGUAUCUCCAUGGUCCCAGUAGAGCCGGCCCGCAGCCCGCCUCGCGGCCGGCGCGGCCAGCAGCUGCAGCGGCAUCGAGCGCGCGCGCGGCGUGCUCACCGCACCCGGUGGCGGCUCUUGCUACUCACUCAGGGUAUCUCCAUGGUCCCAGUAGAGCCGGCCCGCAGCCCGCCUCGCGGCCGGCGCGGCCAGCAGCUGCAGCGGCAUCGAGCGCGCGCGCGGCGUGCUCACCGCACCCGGUGGCGGCUCUUGCUACUCACUCAGGGUAUCUCCAUGGUCCCAGUAGAGCCGGCCCGCAGCCCGCCUCGCGGCCGGCGCGGCCAGCAGCUGCAGCGGCAUCGAGCGCGCGCGCGGCGUGCUCACCGCACCCGGUGGCGGCUCUUGCUACUCACUCAGGGUAUCUCCAUGGUCCCAGUAGAGCCGGCCCGCAGCCCGCCUCGCGGCCGGCGCGGCCAGCAGCUGCAGCGGCAUCGAGCGCGCGCGCGGCGUGCUCACCGCACCCGGUGGCGGCUCUUGCUACUCACUCAGGGUAUCUCCAUGGUCCCAGUAGAGCCGGCCCGCAGCCCGCCUCGCGGCCGGCGCGGCCAGCAGCUGCAGCGGCAUCGAGCGCGCGCGCGGCGUGCUCACCGCACCCGGUGGCGGCUCUUGCUACUCACUCAGGGUAUCUCCAUGGUCCCAGUAGAGCCGGCCCGCAGCCCGCCUCGCGGCCGGCGCGGCCAGCAGCUGCAGCGGCAUCGAGCGCGCGCGCGGCGUGCUCACCGCACCCGGUGGCGGCUCUUGCUACUCACUCAGGGUAUCUCCAUGGUCCCAGUAGAGCCGGCCCGCAGCCCGCCUCGCGGCCGGCGCGGCCAGCAGCUGCAGCGGCAUCGAGCGCGCGCGCGGCGUGCUCACCGCACCCGGUGGCGGCUCUUGCUACUCACUCAGGGUAUCUCCAUGGUCCCAGUAGAGCCGGCCCGCAGCCCGCCUCGCGGCCGGCGCGGCCAGCAGCUGCAGCGGCAUCGAGCGCGCGCGCGGCGUGCUCACCGCACCCGGUGGCGGCUCUUGCUACUCACUCAGGGUAUCUCCAUGGUCCCAGUAGAGCCGGCCCGCAGCCCGCCUCGCGGCCGGCGCGGCCAGCAGCUGCAGCGGCAUCGAGCGCGCGCGCGGCGUGCUCACCGCACCCGGUGGCGGCUCUUGCUACUCACUCAGGGUAUCUCCAUGGUCCCAGUAGAGCCGGCCCGCAGCCCGCCUCGCGGCCGGCGCGGCCAGCAGCUGCAGCGGCAUCGAGCGCGCGCGCGGCGUGCUCACCGCACCCGGUGGCGGCUCUUGCUACUCACUCAGGGUAUCUCCAUGGUCCCAGUAGAGCCGGCCCGCAGCCCGCCUCGCGGCCGGCGCGGCCAGCAGCUGCAGCGGCAUCGAGCGCGCGCGCGGCGUGCUCACCGCACCCGGUGGCGGCUCUUGCUACUCACUCAGGGUAUCUCCAUGGUCCCAGUAGAGCCGGCCCGCAGCCCGCCUCGCGGCCGGCGCGGCCAGCAGCUGCAGCGGCAUCGAGCGCGCGCGCGGCGUGCUCACCGCACCCGAGCCGGCCCGCAGCCCGCCUCGCGGCCGGCGCGGCCAGCAGCUGCAGCGGCAUCGAGCGCGCGCGCGGCGUGCUCACCGCACCCGGUGGCGGCUCUUGCUACUCACUCAGGGUAUCUCCAUGGUCCCAGUAG